AUGCCAUCAAAUAAUAAAAGUUCACUCCGUCAAACCAAUAGAAAUUUACGAGCAGAAAUUGAUGUACUUAAAGCACAAAUUGUCCAAAUGAAAAAUGACUUAUCUCAGUCUCAUACUAUUCGUCCUAAAAUUGAUCAAAUGAGUAAUGAAGUUGUCGACUCUAAUCCAUAUAGUCGUCUUAUGGCACUUCAACGUAUGGGAGUUGUUACAAAUUAUGCUCUAAUUCGAGAAAAGACUGUUGUUAUAGUGGGUAUUGGGGGUGUUGGCUCAGUUACUGCUGAAAUGCUUGUUCGAUGUGGAAUCGGUCGUCUGAUUUUAUUUGAUUAUGAUAAAGUGGAGUUGGCCAAUAUGAAUCGAUUAUUUUUUCAGCCUCAUCAAUCUGGUUUGAGUAAAGUUGCAGCUGCAGCAUCUACUCUAAGUUUUAUCAAUCCAGAUGUACAAAUUGAAGCACAUAACUAUAAUAUAACUUUAGUAGAGAAUUUUGACCAUUUUCUUAAUCGUUUAGAACAUGGUGGUUUAAAAGAUGAUAAUCCUGUUGAUCUUGUAUUAAGUUGUGUUGACAAUUUUGAAGCUCGUAUGACAAUCAAUAAAGCGUGCAAUCUUCUUGGUCAAGUUUGGUAUGAGUCUGGUGUCAGUGAAGACGCUGUUAGCUGUCAUAUUCAACUUAUGUAUCCUGGUCGAACACCAUGUUUUGAAUGCCUGCCACCACUAAUUGUGGCCAGCGGAUUGGAUGAGAAAACUCUUAAACGAGAAGGAGUAUGCGCAGCAUCACUUCCUACUACGAUGGCUCUUGUUUCUUCAUUAUUAGUUCAGAAUACUUUGAAAUAUCUGCUAAAAUUCGGCGAAGUUUCUAGUUACUUAGGUUAUGGAGCGGCUAAAGACUCGUUUUAUCGUGUUGAAUUGAAAGCAAAUCCAGAUUGUGCUGAUUCAUGGUGUAAUCUGCGUCAAAUUCAAUGGCGUAAUCACUUACAACAAUUAAAUCUUCCAAUUGAUUCUCCUUGGGAUAUUGAAGAACGUUUGGAAGCCCAACAAAUUAAACAUGAAAAACUUAAAGAAGCAUUAUCCAAGUCGAAACAUGAAGAAAAUGAUUUUGGCAUUGAAUUAGAAUCAGAAUCAUCGAGUUUUACAGAAUCCACUUGUAAUAUAAAACAUGAUUUAUCCAAUUCAAAUUCUGAAAUAGUUGGUGUAAAAACAUUGUAUACAGUGGAUAACAAAAAAAUUGAUUCAAACUCUCAAGAGACAUCUGAUUCUUUUAUUUCACAGACAAACGAUAGCCUUGAAUCACUCAUGGCUAAAAUGAAAAAUUUGUAA